CCAAGAGCCGGUGCCUUUUGCAUCCUGAAGUCUUUUGUUUUCCCCUGCGGCCGCCGGCUCCACAGAGACGGUCCAGUCAGAUAAAACGAGGCCGCAGCGUGCCGUUCAAGAUGUCAGCUAGCCGCACUUCUGGAAACCCAAUGUCCCGCAGGUACCGGGUAGCCCCAGAGGUCAGGCGGCGGCGCCCAGACCGGGUUCUCGGACUAGGAACGGGGGCGGGGAGCCUGGGAGCGCAGCCGCGCGUCCUCACCCCGGCCCGCUCCUCCCCUUCCCGGGCUGCCACUACUUUCUAUCUCCAUUGUUCCCCUCGGCGCGGCAGCCAGGCCGAGCACGCGCUCCGCAGCCAGCAACUUCCUCUGAAGCGGCGGCGCCUAAUUACAAGCAGCUGCUGGGCUGCCGGCUGGCCAGCCCCGCGCGCGCGAGCGAGCGAGCGAGCGAGCACGCAGCCCGCGCCGCCGCCUGCCAGGGAGGCUGCGGCCUGCGCGUGGCGGCCGUCCCUGUGCCCAGGACGUGCCCACCCGCCCUGUCAGAGUGGGGAGCGGCCCUUCUGUCUGUCUGUCUGGCUGUGGCUCCCGGGGGCCAUGUCCGAGUUGUUUCCAUUGUUAAAGGGGAAGCCGCCUGCCCUCACCUGCAGCUUCCCUCCCCUGGCGGGCCUGUUGUCUGCGUUGUGCCACCACAAGGGACUGAUGUCUGGCAGGCCGGAGCGGCUUCUGAAAGAAUGACGAACCUGAUAUCUUGCUGUCUGUCCUUGACACUUCAUGGAAUAAGGAAUGAUAAACACAGCGAACCAAGUAGCUUCUUCUGUUUCAACCUGGAAAUUUCCUCAGGUGCAGGGCUGUGACUGUAAGUCAUGAUCUGGCUCCAGUUUCUUCAGCUGGAGCAAAUUCAUAUGUUGAGACCAUGUUUCCAUGGGUGCUUCAAGAGGUGGUGCGUUCCUCCCUGUGGAAAGACCCAGCCUCAAGCUGGUUGGCUAUUCAGAGAGAGUAAUAUGAAAGGGAUUUAAAAACUGGUUGGGUGGCCAGACUAGAUGACCCAAACAAACCCUGAUUGGCUUUCAUUCUAGCAUGUUCUCUAGUCUGCAGAAUCUGGAAUGUUUAGUGUUCUACCCUUGAAACAAAGCACACUUUUCCCUACACAGGGCCUUAGCCUAUGCCAUCUAUACCCCACCCUCAUACAUAUUGCAUAGAUUUAAAAAAAAGGUUCAUAUCUUGAUAUAAAUGUUUUCUGCUCAGAGACACCAUUUCUGACCCCUCUAUUAUAGAAUAGCACUAUGAUAUUCUCUAUCUCUGAAUCUGUUUGGUUUUCUCCCCAAACAUAUGCAGUUUGUAAGAAUGCACACUUGUUUGUGGGAUGAUGGUCUAUAUACCGUAAAAAGUAAUCCAUGUCUGUUUUUGUCAUUAGUAUGAAUUUGUGCUUAGUGCAUAAUUGGUACUUAAAUAAUUGUUUAAUGUCUAGCUGAAUGAAUAUUAAAAUUAGAGUAGAUUCAUGUAUAGCAUCCAAAGCUUCAGGAUUUGAUGGUUGUGUGGAAUGUUUAGAGACAACCUACUCCUUUUUCAAUAAAGAAUAAAUACCCUCAGUUUCUCCUUUUCUCUACUUUGUAAGGUUGCUCAUUGAGCUACGCAAAUUUUUAAGCACUGUAUAGCUACUUUUGAUUAGGUCACAUUAGGACGUGUGUACUGUGCCAUCAGAAAUCUCAGCCAAAGUUGUUUUUUGUUUUCUUUGCUCUUUAAACAAUACCCAAGACUUGGACAUAUGCUGUCUAGCCAUUCCUUUCUGGAUCACCUGGGAUGGUCUUAUCACUCUGCAGAUUCCAUACACCUUUAGCUUGUUUAUCUAGAGUGCGCAGAUCCUUGAGAAUUUCUGCUGGCCCUGUGGGUGGACAAUGUCCCUGCCGGUCUGAGCAGUGGUCAGCACAGGGAUCUCUCCAGGUAGAGACGGGCAACAGUGAACAAGAUAGACCAAAGUAGAAGGCACCCAUGGACCAGAUGCAUCAGAGACAAUACGGGAGGAAAGCAGGGUCCUGAAAAUAGAAAUCACAUCAAAAAACAGAUGACGAGCUGAUAAUGCCUUGAGGCCUUUGUUCAGGAACACUCUGGCACUUUAUAAAGGGAAAAUGACAGUGCUUUAUUCUCUCGUGAAGUGUGUGUGAGUCGGUUUUUCCUCAAGAGUUUGUCCCACAGAAGGCCUUGUGGGUUGUGGCUAGCGCCAUUUUCCAUUUUUAUCUAGAUUUGUUCUUUAACACAGUGUUAUUCUUUCCCGAGGAUUGCUGUAUCAUCACAUUAACAAUAAGAUAAACAAACUUGACAAAACUGCGCGGAAAACAAUAAAUGUGGUAAUUGCAUAUUCUUGUCCUAGGUAUUUCCUUUUUGUUCUCAAUUAAAAAGCAGUCCUAGCAGUUGUGUAUGCUGUAUCAUUUGUUCACCUUAAAUAAAUACUUUUGAGUCUAAAAAUACAGCAGAAAUAAAACUUUCUGAAAAAAAUAAAAAGCUGAAACUUAGUAUCACAUCAAAAAUAAGAAAUGGAUUUCAGAGGAUUGGGAUGCUUUUCAAGGGGUUGAGAUUGCCUGCUAAGCCAACUCCAUUAUAACCUGGUGGGGUUAUAAUGGUGGGGAUAGAGUAUAUCCUAGGGUCUACAGUAAGCAGCAAGCCCUGGACCUCUAGCUCAAUGCUAUAAACACUCAUUCAGUUACCGUAGAUUUGUUUACACUUACCAAUAUGAGUUGACUACACUCAUUGGCAGCUAUUCUAUGAAAACACAAAAUUCCAAUACUGUUAAAUACUAAUUCAUUUUGAGUCACUGUACUUGGAUUAAACACAUGAUCUUAAGUGCGCCCAUCAGUGAAAACUUGUGAGUCCUCCAAGGAAGAGAGUUGGCGCAGACGAGUUAGUCACUUCUAGGGCCGUGGACUCAGCCACACACUUCUGCUCACAGGUAAGCUGUCCCGAGACUGACCAGGGAAAGAAGCUUCAGGAAGAAGCAAAGGGAGCUGACCAAUUUGUCAUUCAUACCUGACCCAUGGCUAGCCUGGCUCUGUCCCUUCCGGCCACCAAAUCCACUUCCACCAACCCACCUGGCUCUGUCCCUUCAGGUCACCAUAACCUGUUUCCACCACCUACCUACUGGAGUUUUUAGCAACAGGCUUCUAACCUCGAGGCUAAGAGAUCUGACACAGCUGCCAUGACAGCUGAAACCAGCCCAUCACAGCAGACACACUCAUCAAAAUGCACUGUCCAUUUUAUACCUGGGCCAAGUGCCAGCACUGUCUCUGGAGGAGGUGUGGGGAGGGAGGCAGGGCCCUACAAUGAACCUCCUUUAAUUUAAAAAAAAAUGAUUUGAGAGUGAGAGCAAGAGGUAAGAGCGAGCACUCCAAGGUACCAGUUCACUCUCCAAAGGCAGGUGUCUCAACUUCUAGGCAGAACACCUGCUCCCUCAGCCCUUUUUGAAAACAAAGGUUAGGGUUUUUAUUAAGUCAGUGCUGCUGGGCGAUGCUGGCUGAAUGUUUCCCCCUAGAUCUGUUGCAGGUGGGGUCUUCAGGUGAGGUGCAAGAUCGUGGACGUGUAUGGAAGCAACAGAGCUGACCAGGUGAGGGGGCAGGACGCUGUCAGCCACACUGUGGUUGAUGGAAACUUCGCGGCUCCUCUGAGUGUUGCAGUAUCAGCCAUCUGCACACCAUCUAUAUCUCAAAGAGACGGAAAUGGUUUGUAUGCUUUGAAUGUCACACGGGUUUUCUGGGGGUCAAGAAUCGAGAGACGGCUUCGCUGCAUGAUUUUGACCUGGAGUUUCUCCAGAGUCCGAGAUCUUAUCCAGGGCUGCAGCAGCUGACGGCUGGACUGGCAUUG